AUGAGAACAGGGACCACAGGGGAAGAAGCUUACUGUACCAGUCAACUUUUCUACAGGGACGUUGAGGAUGUCAACAGUACUGAUUCAUAUAGUGGGACCAAUGGAGGACUGCUUUCAAGAGGUUCUCAUACAGAGCUCAGCAAGUCAGUUGACAUGUGUGGACCUCUCUACGAAGAUGUCAUGGAAUGUGACAAGUUUCUCAUCAAUGGAGUCAAUAUGCAAAUUAAACUCUAUCCUAGUAAACCUGAGUUUAAUAUCAUCAGUGGUGUGAGCAAUAAGAAAUUCAAGAUUAUACUGGAAGAUGUCUAUCUCCGACUUUGUAAGAUACGACCCACCGCUUCUAUCAUCACAGGACAUGCUCACAUCUUGGCCACAGAAAAUGCAGUGUACCCCUACAUCAAAACAGAUCUCCGAGUAGCCUCCAUCCCUCAAGGACAACUCAGUUUUACUUGGGACCAAAUAUUUCAGAACUGUUGUCCAAACAAAGUGGUGAUAUGUCUCCUAUCCUCAAAAGCACUGAAUGGUGACUAUGAGCAGAACCCCUUCUUCUUUCAACUUUUUGAUCUAACCACUGUAGGACUGUAUGUCAAUGGAGAAUCUCUUCCAGCACAACCUCUUAAAAUCACAGAUGGACACAUUGUACCGGCCUUCCAAGGUCUCUUUGACCCCAGACACCCUUCUUCAACCCCCAACAUGACGAGAGAUAUGUUCAAUAAAGGGUAUGCCCUGUUCCAGUUCACCCUGGAACCCUACUAUGGACGAGAAUUUCUGGAUCAGAUAAAACGUGGGAACAUAUGUCUACAAAUUCAGUUCAGUAAACCCCUUCCUGAAACAGUGAGCUGUCUCGUGUAUGCUGAAGAACCACAGCUGUUGAAGGUGGAUCAGGCCCGCAACAUUCUGAUAGAAUCAUCAUCAUGA